AUGAUAAAUUCUCGCCGUUGGGUAGCCGAAAUGUGCACUCAAUUUCAAAUACAAAUACCUCCACCCGAGUCAUUCGUUAACCUAAACGGUCAAAGAAUGUUGACACUUGGAGUUGAAGAAUUUCAGCAGCGAUUUCCAGAUGGUGGAGACACUUUACAUGCACAACUGCAACUUUGGAAAACUGCUUUCGAAUCUUGUGGGCAACAACAACCAUAUAUUGAAAUAAAUAGCCACAACAGAGAUUGGACUGUAAGAUAUUUAUAA